GUGUUUCAGUCUGAAGCCGUUGGCUGCUACUGAACCGUUUGGCUCUAUUCUCUACGAGCGAGCAAACCUACAAUCUAGACCCACUGUCCAUCCUGCUCAUUUUAAGGGGAUUUACCAACGUAUAUGCCCGUGUAUCCAAAACACAUCGGCCAUUGGGGAUUUCUAGCAUCGAUUGGCCCGGUGUGGAGGCCGUUAUAACGCGUUUUCGGGGUUUAAUCAGAGCUAGAAAACAACGGUGGAGGAGGAGGAGAUUCCAUAUCAGGAGCACAGAGGAGAAGGCACCCCCGUGUGUGAUUUGGAGCUUCUGGCUGUGGGCUCAUGGUUCCAGGUGCGAACUGACCAUACUGGUGGUGCAUACAGACUUACUACUGUGGUUAGGUGUGUGUGUGCUGAACUCAUGGUGUAACAGGAGUAAAGAUGAGCAUUAGCAGUGAUGAGGUCAACUUCCUGGUCUACAGAUACCUACAGGAGUCAGGGUUCUCCCACUCAGCCUUUACAUUUGGUAUAGAGAGUCACAUCAGCCAAUCCAACAUCAAUGGUGCUCUGGUUCCCCCUGCUGCCCUCAUCAGCAUCAUUCAAAAGGGCCUGCAGUACGUUGAGGCUGAAGUGAGCAUUAAUGAGGACGGGACGUUAUUUGAUGGGCGGCCCAUUGAGUCUCUGUCCUUGAUCGAUGCAGUAAUGCCAGAUGUCGUUCAGACACGGCAGCAGGCCUACCGGGACAAGAUGGCCCAGCAGCAGGCUGCAGCUUCAGCACCCGCAUCUGCCACUGGAGGCAGCAUCACAGGCAAUGCUAAGAACGGAGAGAAUACUGCCAACGGGGAGGAGAACGGAGCCCACGCCUUAGCAAACAACCAUGCAGACCUGAUGGAGGUGGAUGGAGAUGUGGAGAUCCCUCAGAACAAGGCCAUGGUCCUGAGGGGCCAUGAGUCAGAGGUCUUCAUCUGUGCCUGGAACCCCGUCAGUGAUCUGCUGGCAUCUGGGUCCGGUGAUUCAACCGCACGUAUCUGGAACCUAAGCGAGAACAGUACAAGCAGCUCCACACAGCUCGUCCUCAGACACUGCAUACGAGAGGGUGGCCAGGACGUUCCUAGCAACAAAGAUGUCACCUCUCUAGACUGGAAUAGUGAGGGGACGCUGUUAGCCACCGGCUCUUACGAUGGCUUUGCAAGAAUUUGGACGAAGGACGGUAACCUGGCCAGUACGCUUGGGCAACACAAAGGUCCCAUUUUUGCCCUUAAAUGGAAUAAAAAAGGCAAUUUUAUCCUGAGUGCAGGCGUAGAUAAGACAACAAUAAUUUGGGAUGCUCACACAGGAGAAGCCAAGCAACAGUUUCCCUUCCACUCAGCUCCAGCACUAGAUGUGGAUUGGCAAAGCAACAACACAUUUGCUUCCUGUAGCACAGACAUGUGCAUUCAUGUUUGUAAACUAGGACAGGACAGACCCAUUAAAACAUUCCAGGGACACACAAAUGAAGUAAAUGCAAUCAAGUGGGAUCCCACAGGGAAUCUGCUAGCCUCCUGCUCAGAUGACAUGACACUGAAGAUUUGGAGUAUGAAACAGGACACAUGUGUUCAUGAUCUUCAAGCCCACAGCAAAGAAAUCUACACCAUCAAAUGGAGUCCCACCGGCCCUGGAACCAACAACCCCAGUGCUAAUCUAAUGUUAGCUAGUGCAUCUUUUGACUCCACAGUUCGUUUGUGGGACGUGGAGAGAGGCAUCUGUAUCCAUACACUGACUAAACACCAAGAGCCAGUGUACAGCGUGGCUUUCAGCCCUGAUGGUCGACAUCUGGCCAGUGGCUCCUUUGACAAGUGUGUGCACAUCUGGAAUACUCAGACGGGCGCUUUAGUCCACAGUUACAGAGGGACAGGUGGAAUCUUCGAGGUCUGCUGGAACGCAGCAGGAGACAAAGUAGGAGCCAGCGCGUCAGACGGAUCUGUAUGUGUACUAGACCUUCGGAAAUAGUGCUGCAUUGGAAGCCAUGGACCGACCAUGAAUGUGUACAUAGCCAAAUGACUGUCCCUGCCUGCCGUGCGUACUGCUCAUGCUUACGACUAUGGACCCGCCCACUGAUGGACAGGAAGCAGGAACCAGGAACACGAUGCAAGCACUG